AUGAUUCACAAGGUGUUACAGGAGGGUCAUCCAAAUACCCUCAAGGAUGCUUAUAGGAAUAAGGACUUCUUAUACUCCUUAUCAACUGUCUUCUCCAGUUCAUCAAGUUAUGGUCGGUUGAUUAAUCAUUAUGAUCGAUUUUUGAUGCGGAAGCUUGAUUUCCACCGAAAUAACCAAGGCUUCAAUGGAAUUUUCGAGUACGAGGAGUACAUCUCAUUGCGAAGCGUGAAUGACCCGAACGAGGGCUAUGAGUCAAUUUUACAAUUGAUGGAUCUCCAGGAUCUAAUCAAUGAUCUCCAAAAACUCAUAUUUUCUACUGUGCAGCAAACUCCGAAUAAUUUGUGCAAAGUGUCUGCGCUCGUUCCACUUAUUUCUGAGUCUUACGGCAUCUACAAGUUCUUGACAUCAAUGUUAAGAGCAAUGUAUCAACAAUUGGGGUCCGAUGAGCUUUUGACUGCUCUAUUUGAGAGGUUCAAUUCUCAACACUUUUAUCUUCGCGAAUUCUAUGCUGAUUGCCAAGCUAUCAAGUUUUUGACAAGCUUGAUAACUAUACCAAAAAUUCCGGGUUCUCCACCCAACUUGAUGCAAUCCGAGGAUGGCAAAUCAUCCACCUCAAGGGUCGCCGAAGAGCCAGUGUUGUCAUCUCAGCAAACCUCCGUUUAUGAUGCGCCAGUGGUCCCUCCUUCGGCAGAGGAGUUCAACCAAUCAAGUCUCCUCGAGGAGCAAAAGUUCCAGCAAGAACAAUUACAGAGAGAACAACAGGAAUUAGAGCUUCAGAGACAGAAUCAAAUUCAAGAGCAGCUCCGUCGUCAGCAAGAAUUCGAACGUCAAAAACUCGCUCAAGAAGAGAAUAAUCUAAGAGAGCAGCAAAUGUUAAGACUUCAGCAAACGAAUGCCCAAAAUUCCAGAGUGUCCGAGCUAGAAAAUGAUCUUGUCAUGUUCAAGAAUCAGUUUGACAAUGACCAAGCUUUACUUCAGCAGUAUGACUCGAGGGUAAAAGCGUUGGAGACCGAACUUCAAAGCAUCAAUCAAACAGCAUCUGAACAACUUGCUUCCAAAGAUGAACAGAUCAGUAACAUUGAGGAACAAGUAACCAAUUGGGCGAAAAAAUACGAAGCUUUGGCAAAGCUUUAUUCGCAAUUGCGUUCGGAGCACUUGAACUUACUUUCGAAAUUCAAAAAGAUUCAGCAAAAAAUCAACAGUGCACAGGAGUCCAUCGUGAAAAAGGAGAAGUUUGAGAAGGAAUUGAAACAAAAGAACCUCGAGCUUGCGGACCUCAUAAGAGAAAGAGAUCGUGCAAGAUUAGAUCUUGACAGAUUACGAAUCACCAAAGAUCAGGAGAUUGACAAAUUGAAAACUCAACUGCGCGAAAUCUCAUCUCGGUAUGCGGAUAGUGAUGAAACUUCGACGAAGAAGUUGCAAUCAAUCAAAGACCAAUAUGAAGGGGAUUUAGCCGCCUUGAACAAGCUUCUUAAAGAGAAGGAAGGUCAGUUGAUUGACUUAGGCAGCCAAUCAGCACUCAGAGAAAAGUUGAAGGAAAAGGAAAUCGACUUGGAAAUCGCUCAAGAAUCGUUAGACAGUGCUUUGAAAGAGUUGUCAAUCAGCUCUCAGGGUCCAAGUGUUAAACAGUUGUGGGCUCUAUUGAACAUAAUCUUAGCCAAUAAUGUGCGCAGGGUUCAAGAUACCAGGUAUGAUCUUGGGUCACCAAUGCAAACGGGAAAUGUCAAUGCUACACCAAACUAUCUUCUUUCAGUUUUGGACCUUUGCUCCGACACUGCCACGGACUUUGCUCUGGUGUUCAACAAUUUCCUUGCUGAGGGUCCUCAACUAACCGAUGAGGAUGAUGAUAGCCUGACAUUUUCAAGCGUUAUCCUCACCAGUUCUGAGUUGGCAUCAUCUCUCAACGAUUUGAUGCUUAACAUAAAGGGCAUUUCGAAAAACAUCCCAACUGAGGACGAGCAAGUUGUCAUUCAACUUAUGGAAAAUCUUCUCGCAAAAGCCGAAGACCUUUUCCUAAGCCUCACAUCUGAUUCAUUGGACGCCCUCGAUGACGAGGACGAGAAAAUUGAUCUAGUGAUCGAUUACAACGUUCAAUUUCAACAUUCUUUGAAAGAAUUAUCUGUUGCUAUCGAAGGCAUCCAACCACGUCAUUCCUUAUCUCUUAAGAGAGGAAACAUUGAAGAUGUGGUCGAUGAAGAGAUGGAGGAGGCUGCGAGACAGAUAAAUGCAGCGAUGGAAUUCCUCGGCAAACUUCAACUGCAAAAAAUAGAGGGCAGUGAUUUGCAGGUACAUCAGGCAAUUGUGGCAGCUGCUAUGAGCGUUACACAGGCUGUCACAGUACUCAUCAAGGCGUCGAUCGACUCUCAACGUGAGAUUGUCGCUAGAAACAAGGGCACUCAAACAGUACGGGAGUAUUACAAGAAAAAUAACAGAUGGACGGAAGGACUUGUUAGCGCGGCCAAAGCCAUCGCAGGGGCAACGAAUAUCUUGAUCGAGACAGCUGAUGGAGUGUUGAGGGCAAAAAACUCUCACGAGGAAUUGAUUGUCGCCUGCAAUGAAGUCGCUGCUUCGACUGCUCAACUUGUAGCCGCGUCUCGAGUCAAGGCUAACACCAUGUCAAAGACACAAGACCGACUCGAAUCAUCAUCUACAAAGGUGAAUUCAGCCUGCAAAUCAUUGGUCAAUAAAGUGCAAGCGCUUCUCUCCCAAAGCAACGAGGAUCAAUCAAAUAUUGAUCUAAGCCAAUUAACUCCUUAUGAAGGAAAGACCUUGGAAAUGGAACAACAAGUCCAAAUUUUGAAACUUGAAAACGCACUUCAAGCCGCAAGAAAAAGGCUUGCCGAUAUCAGAAAACAUGGAUAUCGUGAUGAUGACGAUUCUGAAUAG